AAGUCGCGCGGACACGAAGCCCCCUGAGCAUCAUGGACAUGUGAAACUCGACUCUGCAGCAGGCAGAUGCAAGUCCCAGGCUGGAUUGAAUGGCACUGAGGAUACAAGACUGUGACUCAGUGGGAGUACUGCAAUGACUAGCCGGCACCCUAGCCAUGCAGAGAGCGCUCACCCCACAGAAAAACAGCCGCCUGCCUUGUCCCCCAAGCUCCAUGUCCAGAGAUCGCCAUCGAAGGACACCAUCACCAUCCACUUCUCAGCUCUUGGGAAGGAGGAAGAGGAGGAGGAAGAAGAUUUGUACAGGGCAACUGACUCUACUACCUCAGCCACACAGGAUGACUCAAACAUUGUGACAGCUUUAGAAGCAAGUGAGGAGAUGUUUGAAGGGGAGCCAGUGGACUCCGCAGCUGAGGUUGCUGUCAUGCCUGAAUCAUCUAAACUUUCACCAGUUUCUAGACAUCACACCAACCGCUCUCCCACACACACUCUGUCAUCAUGUAUCCCCGAGCAAAAAGGCUCCACUUCCAAUCCCUCUCCCACUAAAUCUUUGAGCUUUCCCUCCAGUGACAAACCCUUCCUCAGCUUGGUGAAGACUCUCUCCUCUGACAUUGAGGCUCGUGACGGAAUCCCUUCUGUUUCUGCUCCUACAGUGAGGCAUCGGCACCUGAUGAAGACUCUUGUCAAGUCUUUAUCCUCAGAUACAUCCCAGGACUCCUCCUCCACACCCUAUCGUCUUCCAGAAUCCCGCCUUAACCUGCAACUCUUCAAGCAAUUUGCGCAGUCCCGGAUGCCGUCUGCUGCCACGUCGUCAGCUGGCGAUUCCAAAACUGCCCCUUCCUCUCCAUUAACCUCACCAGAUAACCGCAGCUUCUUCAAGGUCUCCGAGGUUGAGGCAAGAAUCGAAGACACUAAGCGACGUCUCUCUGAGGCCAUCUCUGAACCGCUCCAACUCCUCAGUAAGAUCAUGGAUGAAAAGAGUGGCAGCUUAGUUGGCAGCAGUAUUUACAGACCCAAGGCCCUCUCUGCCAGUGCCUCCGAACUCUCAAAUCUUACUUCUGUCAAUGGUCACCUGGAGAGCAACAACAAUUACUGCAUCAAGGAGGAAGAAGGAGGUGACCUCGAGGCAGAGAGCCCCAACAGCAGGCCUUCUGGUCCGGCUGAAUCACCUGUUGCCUCCUCCAUUGACACAAAGAGCCCCAACAAAUCUUUACUUUCCAUGUCAUUGGACAAAUGUUCCAUGUCCGCUCUGGCUAAACAAGAGGACGAGGACUUCUGCAUCCUGUACAGUGAGGACUUUGAGACUUACACCAACACAGAUGGUGACGGUGGUGAUAGAACUGAUGAUACUGGAACUGGAAGUCAAACUAAAGUGCCACUAAGUGGUAGUACUGAACCAUGCAGUGAAGAUGAAUCUGAAAGUAUUGAGCCGGCGCCGAGUGUUCCACACUAUACUCUCAUCAUCCUCACUGUGCUGGUCUAUGGGUAUUUUGUAUUACCUCUACCCAGUUAUGUCAGAGGAAUGCUGCUUGGGAUUGGGUUUGGAUUUCUUUUAGCUAUCGCUGUUGUGUGGCUGACGGGACCAAAACGUUCUGGCAGUACUUUUAGACAUUCCAGACACCAUGGGAAGCUGUGGAAUCUGACCAAAUUGGACAUCAAGGAACCAGAAAUAUAUAAGGGCUGGAUGAAUGAGAUCUCAAACUACGACCCAGAGACAUACCACGCCACACUGACACACUCUGUGUAUGUGAGGUUGGAGGGCUCCAUCAUUCGUUUGUCUAAACCCAACCAUAACAUCGCCCGCCGUGCCUCACACAAUGAACCAAAACCGGAUGUCACCUACAUCAGUCAGAAGAUCUAUGACCUCACCAACAGCAAAGUAUAUCUAACACCUCCAAGCCUGGCCAGGAAACGUAUAUGGAACAAAAAAUACCCCAUAUGCCUUGAGCUUGGCAAACAGGAUGACUUCAUGUCAAAGGCCGAGGGAGACAGAUGGGAGUCCAGUGAGAGCUUCAACACCAGGGACAGAGGAGAGGGGACAGGAGGAGCGCAGGAGCGUGGGUCUUCAUCCAGCAGAGACCUGACCCUCUAUCUGUUUGGGAGGACUGGGAGGGAGAAGGAGGAGUGGUUUCAGCGCUUUCUGUCAGCUUCAAGGCUCAAGGCAGACUUGAAGAAAGCUCCAAGUGUUGCAGGGAGUAAGAGCGCUCUGAGCUCUCACAGUCGCAGCAGCAGCCGCAGUAGUCUGGAUGAAGCUCUGGCGUCUCAGCCCAGGUCAAAGGACUCCUCAGUGUCCUCAACAACAGCAGGCAGUGCCAGAAGCAAGCUGCUAAUGGACUACAAUGUAUACAUGGCCUCCUUACUGCCAAAACAGCUGGUGGUGAGUCCUACAGCUGCCAGCCCUGUUCUCCAGAGUCCUCAGAGCAGCCCUGGGGCCGAUAAAAAGCUCCAGAGCACCACUUCAGCUCAGGUGCAGCCCAGGGAGGAGGAGGAGGAGCAGGAGGAGGGGGAGGACACUGUUGCCUGGGUGAAUGCGGCCCUUGGCCGGGUCUUCUGGGACUUCCUGUGCGAACCCUACUGGGCUGAGCUGGUCUCCAAGAAGAUACAGAUGAAGCUCAGCAAGAUCCGGUUGCCUUACUUCAUGAAUGAGCUAACCCUGACAGAACUGGACAUGGGCUCGGCCACACCCAGAAUUCUUCGGGCAUCGAAACCCUCCAUCGACUACCGAGGUUUGUGGUUUGACCUGGAGAUCUCCUACAGCGGUUCCUUCCUGAUGACCCUGGAAACCAAGAUGAACCUCAUUCGCCUGGGCAAGGAGGGAGAAAGCUUCCGCUUUGGGGAAUUUGGCAAAGAUGGACACAGGCCACGGACUUACUGCCUGGCUGAUAGUGAUGAAGAGUCAUCCAGUGCUGGCUCAUCAGAUGAGGAAGACUCCUCAGAGCUCUCAAAUGACUCCACAGGAGCAGAGGGUUUGGUGGGAGGCCACAAACCCAGCAAGAUCAUGCGCUUCGUGGAUAAGAUCACCAAGUCCAAAUACUUCCAGAAGGCCACGGAAACAGAGUUCAUCAAAAAGAAGAUGGAGGAGGUGUCUAACACACCCCUCCUGCUUACAGUGGAGCUGCAGGAACUCCAAGGAAUGCUGGCUGUCAACAUACCCCCUCCACCCACUGACAGGAUAUGGUAUGGCUUUAGGAAGCCGCCUCACCUGGAACUGAAGGCCCGACCUAAACUGGGAGAAAGAGAGGUCACUCUGGCUCAUGUGACAGACUGGAUAGAGAAAAAACUGGACCAGGAAUUCCAGAAAGUCUUUGUAAUGCCAAACAUGGACGAUGUAUGGCUAACUAUCAUGCAUUCUGCCAUGGACCCACGCACAGCCGGCGGGCCCUUUGUGGGCCUCGCAGUGGACCCAGAGCCUUCCCAGCCAGAGAAGGAAGGCACCAGCCAGCCAUGAAGAUUGUUUACAGUAUUUCCUAGAGCUUAUGAAGUCUCUAAAUUGGAACUGGAGCCAAAGUGGAUAGGUCAGACACUACUGUAAUAAAAUUCCAUUCCUGUAGGGAGAUGGUUUCUCACUCACCGUAGAGGAAACCUGAUCAAUUAAAAAAAAGAAAAACGGUUGAGUCGACCAAGGAAACACUAAAAACAAACUGUUGCUUGCUGCUCUGUUCAGUAGUAUUUAUCGUGCCAGAGAAAAUGGAAGGAUUGCUAUAUAACUGUAGGAACCUUUGAAUAGGGGCUGAUAUGUGACAAGAGUCAUUUUUGGCUCUUACUCUGGGUUGGUUUAAUUUAAUAAUGGGAGUAUAUGGGGAUAUAUACAUGUGUAAUGUUCUAUGAAUGUGUUGAAGUGGAAGCAUUCACCAGAUACCUUACAGCCUGCAGAUGACACGUUGCUACUGAGGCUAGAGACUUAGAUCGAGCAUGGUAGCACACUUAUUAUAGAAACACAGUAAGUGGAGUUGUACAAUAGAUAGUACGUUGAAGUUGAAGGUGUUUUCAUAGUGAAUGAUUAGUGUGUGAAGGAGAUUUUUAUCGGUGAGAAUGAACGAAGUGUAAGCAGGUUUAAAAAGAAAGUAUAUAAGCUCAGCAACUUGAUGUUAGAUUUCUUUACUGUAUGAAACAUUCGAACUUUAAGUGGCUUCAUGUCUGCGAUUUUUCAUCAGGUGUUAACAGUAUUCCUUUGUGCUGUGACUACACCCUAAACACCUUCCUUAAUUCGCCAAAAUGUUCUCAUCCCAAGUCAUCACAUGUUGCCGCUUUAAAGUGGACUUUUAAAUCUACAUAUUACACUCUAGGUAUCCUUCUGCAUCCGCUGUUGAUGUUCCGGUGCGCAGUAAGUGUGAUGUAAACACAAGCACAUUGUGGGACUACGCUGCAUGCUGUGAUUAUGUUUAGGCAACAAAAGCACAUGGCAACCAAACUGGUUAGGAUUAGGCAACAAAGUCACAGGUGAUUAGAGUUAGAAAAAAGGGCACAAGGUUAGGUGUAGGAAAAAAAACAAACAUAACAUUCAGACAGGAAGCAAACACUGAACUCACACAUAAAAGUUCUGGGCUUGUUGGAUCCAUCCACCUCCCCUUCUGCAUGCCUUAUAGAGACCUCCGUGCCCCUGAUAUGUUGUUACCAGCAGCAUUUCAACCUGACACUAAUCUGUGGCGUAUAUCGCAGACAUAGCAGGUUUCAUUCAGGCGUGUUUUAAACUGGUGCCACCUGCCUGCUUAUCCUACUGCCACGGUAGAUGCUGUCCACCAGUGUAAAAUAACAAUGUAAUGUUUCUCUCCAGCAUUCUCUGCAGUGUAUAAUGGGGAUGCAAAAGUUGGCUUUUGGUGUUGCGAUCUUACGCCAAAAGCACAGCAAAAGCAGCAGUAUUUGACGACUUUGAAAUGAGAACGGGCUGCAUUUACCAACAUCCCUUUUUUUAUGCCAAUGAUGCCCUUAUCCAUGUCUGUAUGGAACUAAUGCUCAAGAGCAAACAUUAUUAUGUAGGAAGUGUCAUUCGCUAUGUAAAUCCCACAAUAAUAACGAAUACACAAACACAAUAAGUGCAAUGAUAGAAACGCUAGGUAAACUCUAGUAUGAUAUUGUAUAGGUAUAUAACUGUGCGUGUGAGAUAAGAAGUAUGAGACCUCUAACAUGUCGAUUGAAUGUAUGUUUGGAUAGUUUUGGUUCUUAUUGUAUGACAGCAGUUUUUACCCAGUUACAUUCUGACUGUGGUAUGCAAAUGAUUGCACAAAUACAAGUUUUGUUCUUGUUUUCUUCUGAUACACAUGAUCUCAUCCUGCAGAUCUUCAUAUUCAGAUGUGUCAUUUAACCAUAUGGAGUACCAGGUGGUGUAUUUAUUGAUACAUCGUUUCUACUUAAUUGUUAUUUUUUGAUUUUUUUUUUUGUUGAUGUUUUUAUAUGACCAACUUGGAUAUGUGGCAGUGCUUUAAAGAGACUCUACCUGCCAUACUGUAUGUACAGCAAUUGGGUGAAGUGAAGGUACGUACUGCACAGCGGAACAUUAAUUGCCAAGAAUGUAACGCCUUAUCAACAGGUUCCAUUUCAGAAAACACAUUUAUAACUGUGUCAUAUUUCUAAUUGAAACCAAAGCCCUUUGAUUAGGCAAUUAGUGCCAGAUCUCUGCUCAAAGGUACACAUCCUGUCUUGAUGAAGCAUUUUGAGGUAAUAUUUACAAAUGCGCUACAAUACCUGCAUUAACAUUGUUUACAGGAAUAUUUACCUUCUUUUUUCAUUUUUUUUUUGCUCUCUUAGGAUACUAAAGCACUGCAACACAUAAUGGAUUUUUUUUCCUGUAUGAUUGUCUUUCCUUUUAUGCUUUGGUUACUUUUUGUGAUGUAUUUGUUUCUGAAUGACUACAUGAGGUGGGUUAUGGUUGUAUUUUUGUCUACUUCUUUGGAAUAAACACAAUGAAAUAAGAUUUUUGAGGAUAUAUGAAGAUCAUGCCAUGAUUUUUAUCUGUGAAUUAUUAAUGACUUUUAAAGUUAUCAUGUAAUUUUAAGGCCAAAUUAAGUGAUUAUGUGUAUCUGCCUUAUUUAUAGAGCAAAAAUAAAUCUGACAGUGAAAAGCC